CGAAAAGCUGAUGUUAUGGCCAGAAUUUCCCGAUCAGCUCCAGGCUUUGGUGAUUCUGAGUCUCUGGCGCUGCAGAUCCGGAGCACAGCGGCAGAGCUGCGGUUCCAACAGUUGUGUGACUACUUCGCCCAGUGUGACGGUGACUGGAGCAAACUGCUGAGCAACCAGCUCCAUCUGCCCCAAAUACAGGCUGAAGACCGGUGUUCAAGGACCAAUUACCACAAGCAAACAUGCCUGCAAGCGAUUGUCACUGGCCUUAUGAAAUACAAGACAAGUUUGUCAAUGCUGGAGAAUUCUUUGGGGAGUCCAAAUGAUAAAAUAGUGAGGAUGAACUCCAAUGUCCAGCGUCUAACUGAGCUUCUCACACAUCAGUUAACAACCGAGGUUGGCAGCACUCAGCUGGCUAUGAGUGAGCAGGAGGUUUCCGCCGCAAAUCUGACCUCUGGAGUAGAGUGGGAUACCCAAGUGAAAGUCCACGUCAUCCUUAGAGACUUUACUAUUUUCAUGGAGAAAACAUUCAGAGCCAUUCGAUUCUUUAAAUCAGCACCAAGGUUGUGAAUUUACCCCUGGGUUGUGGUGAUUUUGGUGCUGGUGUUAAGUAAGUCCAGUUGCGCUACAACAGACCUAUGACUGCAUCCUUGACAUCAAGAAAGAGAAUUAUGCAACGUUGAAGGGUAGAAGAGCUUGCGAAGGUUAUUGUACAGAUUGAAGGCCAAAAUGAUCCACUCAGUUGGAAGGAAGUGAACUCCACACUGCAUCACUUUACUGAUAGGAGGGCAACACGGUAUUAAUGCAGUAUUAUCCCUUUGUGCAACUCAUAAAAGGCAACCUUGAAGAUAUUGAUUGGAAGACAUAGGGACAUCCAUCCCAAAUGUUGAUCCUUAUCAGUAUCUGGGGAUUGUGGUGCACCACAACUUUUGCUUGGACACUGUCCUGUGUGACCGUGCUGAGAAGAAGUAAAAAGCACUCUGGUUGUUUUUUUGGUCAUCCUGGUGUCUGACGUAUGCAAUACCGAUUACCAUGCUUAAGAGUAUCCAAACUAUACUGAGAAUUCUAUGCAAGCCACCUAUACAGGAAAUUUCUGGGUAUGAAAUGGAACAGUCUUCGGAGGGGCACACUCUGCUUAACUAAUUCCUGAGUAUUAGGCACAGAUUGGCAAAAGCC